AUGAGGUCCCAAGAACGAAGACAAAACGUCGAUCCCGAAAAGAGACCGACGAAAGAACCUGAUCCUAAACAUCAUCGAAAAAUGAACAACAAAGAAAACACUAAAAAAACUUUGCCAAAAGAAGUGCACAGGGUGAGUUCAGAUGAACGUUCAAGUGGAAUAGGAAGUGAUUCAUCGACAAGCUCUUACUACUAUACAUCUACCGAGAAAGAAUUCAACAGCUCUCGUCGAUCCAGACACAGAAGGAAAAGUCAUCGAUAUAAUCCAUGUGGACGUUGCCAUAGGCGACUAUCAGACAAGGAUAUGAACUGGAAUGCUUUCAUUUCCGUUUUUCAUUUAAUCACUUCGACAAUAAACUCACUGAAAGAACAACUGGGUAUGUGCUAA